CGUUGCAAUGGCAACAUGUUCGAUAAGCAGCGGUUCUGCUGAUGAAAUAAAUGAUCCAGGAGCCGCUCCUUAUGGCAACUUUAUAAACUAUUAUACCUUUAAUCCUCCGGAGAACCGCUUGAGUCUGAUUCCAGCCACACUCCUUCAGGAUUUAGGCUACAGAGACGGACAUCGGACCACAUUAAUGCUGGACGUGGGAUGUAAUUCAGGGGACCUGAGUGUAGCCUUUUAUAAGCAUCUGGUGCAGGAGCCCGUGUGUGAGGAAGAGUCAGAAAAGAGCAAAGUUCAUCUCCUGGGGUUUGACCUGGAUGAGGCGCUUAUUCAGCGAGCUCAGCAGAUCAACCCUCUGCCCAACAGCAUCUCCUUUGUCCCGCUGGACAUCACUACGGACAGCGACCAGCUGCAGGAUUACCUCAACCAGCACGGCUGCUCCCACUUCCACCUGUGUCUGUGCCUGGCUGUCACCAUGUGGGUCCAUUUAAACCACGGAGACUCCGGCCUGCUGCAGCUUCUCUCUCGCCUGGCCUCCAUCAGCCAGCACCUCCUGCUGGAGGCUCAGCCCUGGAAGUGCUACCGCUCUGCGGCCCGGCGGCUGAGGAAGCUGGGCCGCUCAGACUUUGACCAUUUCAAGACCCUGAAGAUUCGCGGGGACAUAGCAGAACAUGCCAGGGAGCACCUGGAGAGACACUGCGACAUGGAGCUCAUCCAGAGCUUUGGCAGCACUGCAUGGGACCGAAAACUGUUGCUAUUCAGACGGAGAUGAGGCUGAGGGACAAUGUUUCAAGUUUUCAUCUGCUGCACAGCAGCUGCAGGGAAUUGACUGACAUUACUCUGCAACAAUUUGGAUAGUCAUUUUAUCAAUUUCCAUUAACUUUUAAAGCAAAAAGUUAAAAAAAAAUCAAUGGUCCCAGCUUCUGAAAUAUGAAGAUUUGUAUUUAUCUUUGUCUUCAGUUUGUAUUCUUGGGUUUUGUACUCGUGGUUUGACCAAAGAAGCAAAAUGACUAUUAGGUGGCAUUUUAUAGACCCGACUAUUAAUCUAUUCCUGGCGUUUUUACUUAAAAAAUAAAUUAUUACUCAGUUAUCAAAAUUACUGCCAGUUUGACUGGGAGUUGCAGCUCUAUGGGAAAGGAAAACUGGCAGCUGAAGAACAUUUAAAUUCUAUUUUAUCGUUAAAACCUUGAAAUACAUUGUUUUUGUCAUUCAUGUAAAAUCACUUAACUGUAAUUUAUCUGCCUCAACACUGAUGUUUCAUUUAUUAAAAUAUUUGCCUGACA